AUGUGGUUAUUGGUUGGCUUUUAUCUUCUCUUGAACCAAGCAUUGCUAAUAGUGUUCAAUGACACAAGACUGCCAAAGAGAUAUGGGAUGAACUCCAUGAGAGCUGAUUUUUAUACCAAGUUUAAAACUAUUUGGGAUGAAAUUGACCAUCUCAACCCUCUACCCACAUGUUCUUGUGAUGAAUGUUCUUGCAACCUUACACAACAGUUUUACAAGCUUCAACAGAAUCAAAGACUCACUCAUUUCUUAAUGAAGGUUGACUCCAAAUAUACUCAAAGGCAUCAAACACUCAGCAAACUGAAUGAAUCUCAUCAUGAAUCCCUUGCUUUCAAUGCUGACAGAAAGUCCUCUUUUGACAGACAUAAAGCCUCUCUUAUCCCUCCUCUUAGUCACAGAUCAGACAAAUUAAGAGAAUCUGGUGUUAAACGUUUUGGAUCCUACUUCUGUGACCACUGCAAAGCCUAUGCUCAUAGUAUUGAACGUUGUUGGAAAGUCCAUGGUUAUCCCCCAAUUUUCAAGAAUAACACCUGGAGAAGGCCUAAUGGCUCAGCUCAUAAUGCACAAAUGGAACUAGAUUCUGAUGAUGAUGCUCUUGUGACCACCAAGCUCACCAGUAACCAAUACAGACAUCUUCUCAACAUCCUCAAGAAAGAAGCUUCCAGUUCUUCUGAUCACAUUACUGCUCUCUUUGCAGGUUCCUCCUGUUUUGUUACUCAUAAUCCUCAUUCUUGGAUUCUUGAUAGUGGUGCUUCAGACCACAUGACUCAUGAUCUUACUCUCUUUCAUUCAUAUACUUAUGUUAGUGCUAAAGAUCAUAUGAUUACCAUUCCAGAUGGGAGGAAAGUCCAUGUUCAAUGCAAUGGCACAGUUUGUCUUACUAAUGGUGUUGAAUUAAGAGAAGUGUUAUAUGUUCCUGAAUUUCAAUUCAAUUUGAUCUCUAUUAGAGUAUCAGGACCACUGAUGCAAGAGUGGUGUUACCUCACUACAAGAUUGAGCAUACUUCUCCGUUACAAGAUUGCAAGAUUCCUUAAAAGAUUGACAUUUGUAAUGUUGUUUAAAACUAGACAACUUCACACUGGUUUCAUCACCAUAGUUGAUGAUUUCACUCGCUUCACCUGGAUUUUUCUCAUUAAAAGUAAGAGUGAAUGUCCUACUCUUCUUCAACAAUUUGUACUGCUUGUUGAAAAUCAAUUUGACCACAAAGUUAAAACCAUUCGAAGUGAUAAUGCUAAGGAGAUUACUGAGGUAGAUGCUCUUCUCUUUUACAAACAGCAUGGCAUCUUCCUUCAAACCAGUUGUAGAGACACUCCUCAACAAAAUGGGAUUGUUGAGAGGAAGCACAGACAUCUUCUUGAGGUUGCUAGGGCUUUAUCUUUCCAAUCUAAACUCCCUCAUUCCUUUUGGGGUGAUUGUUUGCAAUGUGCUACUUUCCUCAUUAACAGAACUCCUACUCUUACCCUCAAUGGCUAUUCCCCUCAACAAAGAGGCUACAAAGUUUAUAAUAUUGAUACCAAGAUUGUCAUUGUAUCUAGGGAUGUCCUCUUCUUUGAAAGGCACUUUCCUUUUCAUUAUCUCAAUCACACUACCUCUACUCCUCUACCACAAUUUUUCCUUCCUACUUCUACUCCUACUUACACAGAUGACCAUCCUGAUCCUCCUCUUCCUUUCUUUAACUCCCUGCAUCCUACCCCUUCUACUGUCCCUACUACUAUUCCUUUAAACACAUCUCCUCUUGAUUCUUCUGUCUCUUCUCCUAUUCUACUCCCUAUUUUACCUUCACCUGUAUCCUCACCACCACCACCUUCUCUCUGCAGAUCCCAAAGAAUUCCUAAACAACCCUCACUCCUUCAAUCUUAUCAGUGUAACCAUGUCACUUCCAAUCAUUGGUGUAACCUUGUAUCUUCUCAAGCCCUUUCUGUUACUCACAAAUCUAUCUCACAGACUCACCAAAAAUAUGUUGAACCCAAAUCCUAUGCAGAAGCAGCUUCCUGUCCUCACUGGAUUGAAGCCAUGAACAAAGAGCUUCAUGCACUAGAACAAAAUAACACCUGGACUAUGUAG